AUGAAUCUUUCAACAUCAGGGAUGAGUCAGCAGCCUCAUGAAGGGGAGAAAAAGUGUUUGAAUUCGGAGCUAUGGCAUGCCUGUGCUGGUCCUCUUGUGUCCCUGCCGACGCUUGGGAGUCGCGUGGUUUACUUUCCUCAGGGUCAUAGUGAGCAGGUUUCUGCCACAACUAAUAAAGAAGUUGAUGCCCAUAUACCUCAUUACCCUUGCUUGCCACCCCAGUUGAUUUGUCAACUUCACAAUGUCACAAUGCAUGCAGAUAUUGACACGGAUGAAGUAUAUGCUCAAAUGACAUUGCAGCCCUUAACUCGGGAAGAACAGAAAGAUACAUAUCUUCCUGUGGAGCUGGGAAUUCCUAGCAGGCAGCCAACUAAUUACUUUUGCAAGACGUUGACAGCCAGUGAUACUAGUACGCACGGAGGCUUCUCUGUUCCUCGCCGAGCUGCAGAGAAAGUUUUCCCUCCCCUGGAUUUCUCGCAGACCCCACCUGCACAGGAACUUUUUGCCAGGGAUCUCCAUGAUGUCGAGUGGAAGUUUAGGCAUGUUUUCCGAGGCCAACCUAAGCGGCAUUUGCUUACAACUGGCUGGAGUGUUUUUGUCAGUGCCAAAAGACUUAUUGCGGGGGAUUCCAUUCUUUUUAUCUGGAAUGAGAAAAACCAACUACUUUUGGGAAUUCGCCGCACUGCUCGACCUCAAACUGUGAUGCCAUCAUCUGUUCUUUCAAGUGACAGUAUGCAUAUUGGACUGCUUGCAGCUGCUGCACAUGCUGCAGCUACAAAUAGCUGCUUCACUGUAUUCUAUAACCCAAGGGCUAGUCCAUCUGAGUUUGUCAUACCUUUGUCAAAGUAUGUCAAAGCCGUAUAUCACACCCGUGUUUCUGUUGGAAUGCGUUUCCGGAUGCUAUUUGAAACCGACGAAUCCAGUGUUCGCAGAUACAUGGGCACAGUUACGGGCAUUGGUGACUUAGAUCCCACCCGUUGGCCAAACUCUCACUGGCGUUCUGUCAAGGUUGGUUGGGAUGAAUCAACAGCUAGCGAGAGGCAGCCACGAGUAUCAUUGUGGGAAAUUGAGCCCUUGACAACCUUUCCCAUGUACCCUUCUCUGUUUCCUCUCAGGCUGAAACGACCAUGGUAUCCAGGGGCAUCAUCUUUACAAGGUGACACUGCUGAGCGAGGACUCGGUUCUAUGAAUUUUCAAUCUGCCAGUAUAUUUCCCUGGAUGCAACCAAUAUUCGAUCCAACGGUCCUAAGAAAUGAUCUCAAUCAGCAGUACCAGGCUAUGACGGCCACAGGAUUGCAAAAUUUUGGAACUGGCGAUAUACUGAAACACCAAUCAUCACAGUUCCAGCAGCCGGUUCGAUAUCUUCAGCAUCCCGGAAGUCAUAAUUUGCUCUCAGAGCAGCAGCAACUUAUAGAGCAAUCAAUUUCUUCGCAUAUGUUCCCAGCACAAAACCAAAUGCUGCCAGAUAAUCUGCAGAGGGCCCCUCAACAGCAAAUGAACAGUUCGUCUGAAGAACAUCCACAACAACAUACUUAUCAGGAAGCAUUUCCAAUCCAAAAUGAUCAGUUCCGACAGAGGCAGCCAUUAGAUAUUCCCUCCCCUUCAUUUACUAAAUCAGACUUUACAAACUCAAACAGAAAAUUUUCAGCAUCUGUAACUCCUUCCCACAUGCAAAAUAUGCUGGGUUCACUUUGUUCAGAAGGAAAUGGUAAUCUUUUGAAUCUUUCAAGAUCUAGUCAGGCAAUGCUCAAUGAGCAAUCACCUCGUCAAUCGUGGGUUAUGAAAUUUGCUCAGUCACCAAUGGGUGAUUGUUCCAAUUCAACAUCAUUCCCACCAUAUCCUGGAAAAGAUGCUUCUUGUGAGCAGGAAACAUGUACCGUGGAUACCCAUAAUCAUGCUCUUUUUCGUGCCAAUACGGACUCCUCGAGAUUCCUGCUUCCCACCUCUGUUUCUGGUGUUAGUCCUUCAGCUCAUGCUGAUAUGUCCCCCAUGCCAUUGGAUGCUCCUGUGUUUCAGAAUUCUCAUUAUGGUUAUGAGCAAGAUUCUUCCGAGUUGUUGCACAGCACAGGACAAGUCGACCCACCAAUCUCAACCCGUACUUUUGUCAAGGUUUACAAAUCUGGGUCCGUUGGUAGGUCACUGGACAUCACCCAGUUCCACAGCUAUCAUGAGCUGCGAAGGGAACUAGGUCAGAUGUUUGGGAUAGAAGGGUUGCUUGAAGACCCUCAAAGAUCAGGCUGGCAGCUUGUAUUUGUUGACGAGGAGAAUGAUGUGCUUCUCCUUGGAGACGGCCCAUGGGAGGCAUUUGUGAACAACGUAUGGUAUAUCAAAAUCCUUUCUCCAGAGGAUGUGCUGAAUUUGGGAAACGAGAGGCAGAAUCCUUGGGUAGAAGUCCCGUUGAAAGGAUAA